AUGAAGUCGCUCCAGUUCAUUGGAACUGUCCUCCUGGGCCUCACCCAUUCCCUUGUCAAGGCAUCAGCCAUCCCUGCCGAGUCCCCUAAUCAUGAUCACUCCACCCCAGAGUGCGAUGAAACUGCGAAACAUAAUUAUCCGCCUUCGUGUGUCGGAGUCGGCAAUACUCCAAAAACAAGACACUGUUGGACACCCGGCUUCACCGAUACAACAAACACAUAUAAAUCAUGGCCUAAUACUGGUGUUGUCCGCACCUACCAUCUAAAAAUUCAGAACACUACUUGCAGCCCGGAUGGUGGUCCCUCCAGGGUUUGCAUGCUCGUCAAUGGAAUGCUCCCAGGGCCAACCAUUGUUGCUGACUGGGGGGACACCCUCCGGAUCACGGUCGAAAACCAUCUCCAAUCUAACGGAACAUCAAUGCAUUGGCACGGACUCCGCAUGCUGAACAACAACAUACAGGACGGUGUGAAUGGCAUCACUGAAUGUGCUCUUGCCCCUGGCGAUGUCAAGACGUAUGAAUUUCAGGUUACUGAGCACGGAACAAGCUGGUAUCACGCACACUUUUCGAGCCUUCAAGGCGAAGGCGUUUGGGGUCCUAUAGUUAUCAAUGGGCCAGCUACAGGAAGCUACGACGAAGAUCUCGGUGUGAUGCCAAUCUCCGACUGGUACCACAAAACAUCAUACCAGAUAUCCUCCAUUGCUUACCAAAAUGACCAAGCCGGAGGCAGGCCGCCAAUACCAAACAGCAUCUUGGUCAAUGGAACUGCUAGGAGUGCAACUGGACGCGGUACGUGGAACAAGGUCCAGAUCCAACGAGGCAAACGCUACCGCUUGCGACUGGUCAACGCUGCGUUGCAGACGAACAUGAUGGUUAACCUCGAUGGUCAUCCUUUCAAAGUCAUUGCAAACGACUUUGUUGCCAUCAAACCGUAUACCACCACGCAUCUCCAGAUUGGAAUUGGCCAGCGUUACGAUGUAAUCUUCACGGCAGACCAGAAAGCAGGGAACUACUGGUUCCGUGCUGUGGCCGACACUUUAUGCCAAUCAGGCGCGCUUGGCGAAGGACGUGCUAUCUUCACGUACAAAGGACACGCCGUAGCCGACCCUACUUCGACUGCUCCUCCCAUCCCUUUUACAGCGUGCCUCGACCCGAUGGCCGUGCCCAGGGUUGCGGUAGACGUACCCAGCAAAACUUUUGCCGACCAUGCGAAGAAGCUUCCUGUCGGCUUUGGCCGUGUUAAAAAGCACGGCAACACAGUGCUAUGGUCCAUCGACGGCGUAGCGAUGCACAUUGACCCAGGAAAGCCGACUCUCGAGUACGUCGCAGAGCACAACGAUAGUAUCCCCCAAUCAUACAAUGUCAUUGACCUCCCUUCAAAUUCUGCAUCGACGUGGUCCUACUGGAUAAUUCAACAGCUCAGGACAAACCCACCGGUUGCUCAUCCUAUCCACCUCCACGGACACGACUUCUCCAUCUUGGGACAAGGACUUGAUGGCACAUUCGAUAUCAACACUCACUUCAAAUCGUUACAAUUCACCAAUCCGCCUCGUCGCGACGUCGUCCAGCUCCCCGGUACAGGCUGGGUUGUUAUCGCUUUCCCUACGGACAACCCAGGCGCUUGGUUGUGCCACUGCCAUAUAGGUACCCACGUCGAAAGCGGCCUCAGUCUCCAAUUCUUGGAGCGUAAGCAGGAUAUUAAGCUUCCCGCGCCCGGGUCCGAGUGGUACAGGACUUGCAAAAACUGGGCCGCGUACAAGGCUGGUAGAGCCGAUUACUGGCCCCAGGAUGACUCCGGGCUCUAGAGGCGCGGGUCUCUUCUGCUCGACGGGGACGUGUCGAUCCGGCUAGACUAGGCUUGGGGAAAAAGGAACUUUUCGGCGGCUUGGGCUGGCGUAGCAGAACCGUCGCCCCCGCUAUGGCCUGAGCUGUGAGCCUGCCAUAUUUCUUUUAUCUCUUUUUCCAUCCCAUCUCGCUACCAUUCUUACGCUAGAUUACACCCCUUAAUGUAUUAUUUCUUUUUCUUCCCACCAUGUAUGUAUUGGGAUGCUGUUUCAGCCCGUAGCCCCGGCUUGAAUCAUGUACAUAUUCGGGGCACUUAUGUCUUGGGUUACGAUACACGUACAAUAGAUCCU